UGCACCGCAGUUGAUAAACCCUCCCCGGAUGAAAAACCAUUUCCAAACAUUUCAGUCGAUCCCCAGAAAUUCAAUUCCAUUCAAUCAAACCUUCAAAUCCCGUUAUUCCUGAAUCAAUGGCUUCAAACAUCAUAAGAAACUCCCUAAAAUCAAUCAACUCACAAACCCUACGAACCCUAACCAAUCACCGCCGGACAUUCACCGUCGCAGCAGCCACCUCCACCACUUCCACCGAAGAAUCCGAUGCAUUUACCUUCUCAUCAGGCGGCGGAGACAGUAGCAUACACCUGAGGGCGGCAAAGAAGGAAGCGGCGUCGACAGUGACGAUGCCAAUGUCGUUCAUGACAGGGUCAAUUGUCGGAAAGAGAUUCUACAAGAAAGUGACGACGAGAGAAGCUGAAGAUGGGAAUGGGUGGAGUGUAAUGCUUGAUUAUCGUACCCUAAAAACCCCUUCCAAACGUCCCCUUAAACUUCCCACUAUCUCUCUUGCUAAAGCCAUUGCUGCUGAGUGGGAUUUCCAGCAAACAGAUGGAAUAAGACCCUUCACAAUGCCACUCAUGAAGCUUGCUUGUACUGCAUUAGAACGAGUUCCUGUGGUUCGCCCGAAAAUAAUCGAUAAUUUGAUGAGCAAAUUCAAUCAAGACUUAGUUUUUUGUCGAGCUCCAAAUGACAAUGAGUUAACCAUCGGUGUCUAUGAACGCCAAGUUGAGAAAAUAGAUCCACUACUUAAGUGGGUGGAGUCAGAAUUUGGGUACAAGCCUGUUGUGUACACCUGUUUUUAUGGUGGCAAGCAGGAUGAAGGUCUUGUAAAAGCCGUAGAAAGUCUAUUGAAGAAAGCAGACGAUUGUGAACUGGCAGCCAUUGACGCAUUGACAUCCGCAUCACAUUCUUUAAUUAUCUCUAUCGGUAUAGUUCGUGGCAGGUUGCAAAUUGAGGAGGCCAUUGAGCUGAUUCGUCUUGAAGAAGAUCUGCAGGUGGACAAGUGGGGUCUAGUCGAGGGUGGUCAUGAUGUUGAUGUUGCGGACCUGAAAGUGCAGAUUGCAUCAGCUGCUGUGUUCCUUUGGCUAUCAAGGAGGGCAUAGUAUCUGCAUUUUGAUAUAUUUUUUUCAAUCAAAUGAGUUGAUUGUGAAUUGUGCAUUUUUGUAUGUUCCAUUGGACGCUGUAUUCACCUAAUGACUACGAGCCGGAGCUUUUUUGUAAAACAUGUGUAGCCUUUCCGAACUUAGUAAGUGUAAUAAUCUGCUUCGGCAUUUCUUAGAAUUUACACUUCUUUAUUCUUUAUAUUUUGAAUAAUUACAAAAAUUCCUCAAGACCACAAAAAUAAUCUGCUAUGCUAUUUGUGACA